UCGUUUUUAUAUUUUAUUGGCAAUUAAGAAAAAAAUGAUUUUCACUUAGAAGUCAAGAUCAAAAUCUCAACUAAAUAUAUAUACAUUGGGAACCGGAAUGCAUUUCGCAAGAACCUCGUGAUUUCUGUCAAGAUCAGAGAAAUCAUGAUCGUUAUAUUCCUUUAUUUACAAAGCUCUAUGAAUGCAUUUAGUAUUAGCUUGCACUUCUCAGUGGUAACACACUGGGUGUGAUAUACUUUUACAUAAAAAAAAAGUUUUCAUUCCUCAGCAUCCCACACACGGACCAAAAGAAGAGAUUACUUAGGGAGGAUAAAAUAAUUGCAAUUGCAUCUCCCUGUGACUGCUUCUUUUUAUUCUGUAUCUCUUUUUCUUUUUUUCUUUGUUUCUAUCAUUUGGGAUUUUUUUCCGUCCUCCCUCUCUCUCUCUCUUUCUCUUUCACUGUGGCUUUACAAAUGUGAUCAAGAAUCGAAUUAUGCAUUUUUCUAUUCCAUGAAGUGAUUAAAAAAUAAUUGGACAUAAUCAAACAAGUGUAAAAGUAAAAAUAUUUCUUACGUUUUGUGUGACGAAAUGACAGCGAUUUUACCGGAACUGGUGGUACGACGACCAGUUUACCAGCAAGAUGAAUUGCAUCGAAUUGGACAGUACUCACAGUCUCAAACACCACUUUCAGAGAAAUUAGCAAAUCAGUGUAAAGACUGUGAAAUAAAAGCAUGUAUAAAAAAAACAGUUCCCAUUGUAGAUUGGCUUUACAAUUACGAAUGGAAACAAAAUAUACUAGGCGAUACAAUUGCUGGAGUCACAGUGGCUGUUAUGCACAUUCCACAGGGAAUGGCGUACGCAAUUUUGGGAAAUGUACCUCCAAUAGUUGGUAUUUACAUGGCAUUCUUUCCAGUAUUAGUUUACUCUAUUUUUGGAACUUCUAGGCAUAAUUCAAUGGGAACAUUUGCAGUGAUAUGCAUGAUGACUGGGAAAGUAGUAUUAAAUCAUGCCACAUUUCCUUCAGAUAGUAAUAGUACAAUACCUAACAAUACUUCAAAUCUUGAUCCGGGGAAUAUACAAUAUACUGCAACGGAAGUUGCUACAGCAGUUACAUUCAUGGUGGCUCUUAUGCAGUUGGCAAUGUAUAUUCUACGACUGGGUGUCAUUUCCUCUCUAUUGUCCGAAACUUUGGUCAGUGGUUUUACAACUGCAGCCGCCGUUCAUGUACUCACAUCCCAAAUAAAGGACCUUUUUGGUCUCCAACUACAGAAACGGAAAGGACUCUUCAAAGUUAUUCUUACAUACGUGGAUAUUUUUAAUCACAUAGGAAAUAUUAAUUCAGCGGCUACAAUUCUUUCUGCAAUUACAAUAAUUGCAAUUGUGAUAAAUAAUGAAUUUAUAAAGCCAAAAAUCGCGAGACGAUGUCCAAUUCCAGUUCCAAUAGAAAUGAUUGUCGUUAUUCUAGGAACAAUAUUAUCAGUCUAUAUGAAAUUACCAGAGAAUUAUGGAAUUAUAACCGUUGGCUCUAUACCAGUCGGUUUACCAGAACCGAAAUUGCCAACAUUUAGUUUAUUAGAAGCAGUCGCCUUAGAUAGUUUUGUGAUAACAAUGGUAACAUAUACCAUUUCAAUGUCAAUGGCAUUAAUAUUUGCUCAAAAACUCAAUUACGAUGUAGAUGCAAAUCAGGAAUUAUUAGCUCAGGGGCUUGGAAAUCUUGUAGGAUCAUUUUUUUCGUGUAUGCCUUCUUGUGCCUCUUUGUCGAGAUCAUUAAUUCAACAGACCGUGGGAGGAAGGACUCAGUUGGCAAGUUUUAUUUCUUGUAGCAUUUUAUUAAGUGUUUUACUUUGGAUUGGACCAUUCUUUGAACUUUUGCCAAGAUGUAUUCUUGCUGGAAUUAUAAUAGUGGCAUUGAAAGGAAUGUUGAUGCAAUUAAAAGAAUUUGUGAAAUUUUGGAGAAUGUCAAAAGUGGAUGCUGGCAUUUGGAUGCUGACAUUUCUCAGUGUUGUGAUAUUAGACGUUGCAUAUGGAUUGUUAACUGGUGCAAUUUUAUGUAUAGGAAAUUUAUUGACAUUAUCAAUGAUGCCAUACACUUGUAAAUUAGCCCUUAUACCUGGUACCGAAUUCUACUUGGACGUGAAAAGAUUCAAAGGAACGGUGGAGGUACCGGGAGUGAAAAUUUUACACUAUUGUGGAGGUUUAAAUUUUGCUUCGAGACAACAUUUCCGCAAAACUGUCUACAAAAUAGCUGGAAUUGUUCCACAAAAAGAAUUGACAUUAAGGUUGAAAAUGUCAGAGAGAAGUUGUACAGAAUCAACAAAUAAGGACGGAUAUUCGAAUGUUGGUUUUGAAGGGGACACGUGCACCUCUCAAGAAGCUUCUUCUGUUUCUGGAAUGCCGUACACCAAUAAAUUAAAAGUCUUGAUCCUAGACUUUUCGGCCUUGGUCCAUAUUGAUCCAGCGGGUGUGGCAAUGCUUCGGUCUUUGGUUGAAGAAUAUAAAAAAAUCGAAGUUUCUCUAUACAUUUCCGGUUGUUCAGGUCCAGUUUUUGAUAUAAUAAGAAAAUGUGAUCUAGUGGAGAAAAAAGAAUGUUAUUUUACAUUGUUUCCAACUGUUAAUGACGCAGUAAAAUACGCACAACACAAAGGGGACAUAUUACCAGCAAAUAUCUGGAGAUCUUAUCAAGAAACUCUAGAUGAAAAUUCAAUUAGCAGAUUAUGGAGAAAUAAUUUAUUGUCGAGCAAUACAUUCGAAUAAUUAUAACAGGAACGUCAACAAAUAAAUAUUCAUUUAAUAUUUUUUGAUGAAUGAAAACUAUUUUAUGUAAAAAUGACAAUAUGUAAAUAAAAUAAUAUAAAUAACUAA